GGAAAUGAUAAAGAAGCUGCCGACCCAGACCCGGUCCGGAACUUGGGAAUCCACCCGAAGCUCUAAAUCAAGUUGAAAGAAGGGACUUGGGAAUCCACCUCGUCGUCGUCCUCCUCCUCGACCUCGAGUCCUCCUCCGUCUACACUCCUCAACUCUCCCGAGCUAGCGAGGCCAAAGCUCCCCCUUCCUCUUCCUGGAUUUGAUAAAACUCCGCAACUUGUUCUUCAAAUUUUACCUCACUGGUUUGCCCUCGGUUACAGACCGCCAUGGCUUCGUUGUUUAAGGACCAAUCAAAGCUUUCCCAGUACCGGGAUAGAAGGUUUCCGGGGUCACAGGAGGAAUUUGAACAAGCGCUCUUGGCAUCGACAACGGUUUACAUUGGAAAUAUGUCCUUCUAUACGACAGAAGAGCAAGUUUACGAGCUCUUCUCUCGCGCUGGGGAAAUCAAGAAGAUAAUUAUGGGCUUGGAUAAGAACACGAAAACGCCUUGUGGUUUUUGUUUUGUCCUAUACUAUUCUCGAGAGGAUACUGAGGAUGCUGUAAAGUAUAUUAGCGGGACUAUUCUUGAUGAUCGCCCUAUUCGUGUGGAUUUUGAUUGGGGAUUUCAAGAGGGAAGGCAAUGGGGUCGUGGGCGAAGUGGUGGACAGGUGCGCGAUGAGUAUCGUACUGAUUAUGAUCCUGGUAGAGGUGGAUAUGGUAAGUUAGUUCAAAAAGAGUUGGAAGCUCAAAGAACGCUUGUUGAUUAUGGAACUGGAUCAUUGGGCUCUUUCCCACCAGUCAUGCCACCUCAAUAUGGUAGACAUGGUGGAGGUCCGAAUCAUGGGGGUACUCAUCGGCCUCGUAGAGAUUAUCCUAGGAAGCGGUACCGAGAUGAUGACCGCCAAUCAUAUGACGACUCAAAGAGAAACUCGGAUUAUGAAUCGCAGAAGAACUCCGAUCACGAAUCUAGACCAGAGAAAAAUCCACGGUUUCGUGAGAGUGGUGACUCAGAUGACGAUGAAGAUGAGCAAAAGCGGCAAGCUUAAUCAGAAUCCACAGCCGGGGAUGGAUCAGUGGACUGACACUUUACGGCAGAUAGAAUUCAACGGUGUCCAAAUCGGAAUGUUAACUUAAUUCUGCCCCAGACAACUUGAAGACAUGAUCAUCUUUUGUAGAUUUCAUUUCUUGAAGGCCUAGUUUUUGCACUUAGUCGUGCACAGGAGAGGAAUCAAUUACGUAUAUGUUAGUAUUUGCAUGGAUUCGAUUACGCUCGAGAUAAGGAGAUUGAGAAUGAACAUUUUACCAGUCAUUCUGAAAAGCUACAGUUUUUUUUCGAUAUGUAGCCUCAAAUGAUUAUUAUUUCAUGUACCUGUUACUUUGGCUGCUAUUGCUAGUUUGCGAUAUCUAGCCUCAAAUGAUUCUCGAAUGAUUUAUUAUUCCAAGUCA